AUGUCGGUGAAUGUGAAUUCAUCCAUUUUAUUUUUCACCAUGUUCCAAGCAGUCAUCAAGAGUACAGUAAAUGCAACAGAGCGAGAGGAUCAGAGGGAGAGAAGUGACGGAAGAGCAACAUCAGCAUCCCUCACAUUCAUCUCCCUCAUCGAAGACAUAGGAAGAUUGGGAAGUGAGGAGAAGAAGCAAAAGAGGGAGCGCAAAAGAAAGAAGUUUUUAGUUGAGGCGACAACCAGAGAGGGAGAUUUGGAGCUUACUCCCGCCGUGGGGUCUCAGCUUUCCAUCUCCCUCCCCCCCUCCCUGGCUCCCUACCUCCCCCGGGCGCUGCUGGGAACCUCCGGGCUGCUGCGCCGCAGGAGGAUGUCUCGCAGGGAGUCUCCGCCGCCUCCCUCACCACCUCCACGGCUGCUGGGAGUGCAGAGGGGAGACGGGGAGGAUCGUCCGGAGCGCGCCGAGCCACUGUCUGACACCGAGAGGGAGAUCAUCCAGGACACAUGGGGCCACGUCUACAAGAGCUGUGAGGACGUGGGCGUUUCUGUGCUCAUUAGUCAAACUAUUUUGUGCCUCUUUAGGUUCUUCGUCAACUUUCCAUCGGCAAAGCAGUAUUUUAGCCAAUUUCAGGACAUGGAAGACCCUGAGGAGAUGGAGCGAAGCUGUCAGCUUCGGCAACAUGCCCGCCGGGUGAUGAAUGCCAUCAACUCUGUAGUGGAGAACCUGCAUGACCCAGAGAAGGUGUCAUCAGUGUUGGCCUUGGUGGGAAAGGCCCAUGCUAUCAAACACAAAGUAGAGCCCAUGUACUUUAAGAUCCUGAGUGGCGUGAUGCUGGAAGUGUUAGCGGAAGAUUUUCCGGAGCUCUUCACAGCAGAAGUGCAGACGGCGUGGACCAAACUGAUGGGUGCGCUGUACUGGCAUGUGACGGGGGCCUACACGGAUGUGGGCUGGCUCCAGGUCUCCAGCUCAGCUGUGUGAAAAAAUUGGACAGAAGAGAGGUUGACAAGUUUUUAGAGGUAAAAAAGUAGGAAAAUGAUCCGUGUGAGAAAAAUGUGAAUAGGGAGUGAGAAUGGUUUCCCAGACAUGGAUAAGAUUAAUGUGGUAAUCCAUGCAACAUUGUUCUUUAUUUUGGUCACAUUUUGGUGCUAAAGUUGGACUGUUCUGUUUUCUUUUUUUUUUCUUUUUUUCUUUUGCUAUGCAGAGAUCAGCUGAACAUCAAACAAUGUAGCUAUACAUCAACUAAUGCUUUUGUUUUCCUUAUGCAAAUAGUGCAUUAAUGUUUGUUUUAGGAGUAUAUUACUGCUGAUAUUGAUUAUCCAGUUCUUCUGCUGUUAAUUCAUAUUUUUUGCCGGAAGCAUAUAAAAGAUCAAUUUGUGUGUGGCGCGUUUUUCCAAACAUUUUCCAAAGUCUUCUAAUACAAGGGAUGCCAAUAUUCAGAGGUUUGAAGGGCAAUUCCCAAAUAUAUUACAUACUUUUACCCAUUGAAGUAAGAUACUUGCUGUACUGUACACAUGAGUGCAGCUCAUGAAAUAUCUCUCAGACUCAAUUCACUAUUAAGAUAUAUGCCACAUAUGUUGCAUAUAUCAUUUCUAAGAAAAGAUCAUUAAUAUUGAAUUUACACUAGACAUCUAGUAAGAAGACCUGUAAUACCAGAUGAAUUUGGAGUGUUUGGAUAUCUUGAACUGACUGAAAUAAAACAUCCAUAUGCUCUCAGUAACACACAGUACAUUCCAAAUAUUUUCACAGUGAAUUCUGGUACUUUUUUUCCAAACCAGCAAAUGUAAGCAAUGCCAAAGUGGAUGAUAAUCAGCUCCAAAGUGGAUGAUAAAUGGCUUCAUUUUGAUGAAAGCCUACAUAACAUUAAACGUGUACCACACAGAUCUACUGUUCAUGACCAAUAUUAGAAAUGGUUGAAUAUCAUGUGUAAAUGUGUAAAAAAAAAAUAAGUAAUUUUGACAAUAUGUGACACAUGGCUUAUUUAAUUAUAGCAUUAAAAUCAACCCAUGUGCAGGAAAGCGAAGCACGAUAAUGAUGCCGUUUCCGAAAAGUAACCCAAAGCUUAAGUGAUGUGCAGCUAUAGUUGUUAUUUUAGAAUUAUGUCAGACAUUCACCUUUUCAAGGUCUGCCAUCAAUGAGCCACCACCUUUGGUGAAAACGGUCAAAUAAGAUAAUGUUGCAAAUAUUACUAUACGGAGUUCAUUUCUGUGGAAACGUGGAAGAAGGUAUCUUCAAGGCUGCUCAUUUGAAUAUGCCUCUUGAUAUAUUUAAAGACAAAAGAACAUUUUCGUUUUUUAUUUAGCUACACAAGGGGCAGUUGUGUGUGGAAGCCCCGGCUAUGGGACCAUGGAGCUGCUGACUGUUAAUAGAUCCUCUCUGUGUCCAGCUACAGUAGAUCCUCGUAUUAAGGGAAAUUUCAACCCAUUUUCCAUCUUACUCCGUUCAUGUCUUGUUCAACUUUACUAAGGUGUUGUUCGUACCAGUGUACAGUGGGCAGAUGCGCUCACUCUUCUGCCUAUGUUUACAACUCAUUGACAUGCUGAUGUAUCGAUGUGUUGAGAAGAGCUGUUCUUGCUUUGCUUGUCUCUCAACCAGUAGGAGUAGUCGUUCCCUCGCUUAUGAUUUCAUCACCUAUGAGCUGACAUUUUGAAAUUGAUAUGGAGAAUAUCAACAAGUGGACACAAUAAGCAACCACACACAUACACAACUAAAACAGGCGUGGUACAAGACGUUUCCAGAAAUAGUAUUAACAAGACUGUCACACAGGUUUCCUCUUGAAAACCCUGUUAAAGAGAUGUCUUGCUUUAAAGGCUGAAUUAAGGGCUUUAGAAACCCUCACGGAUCCAUGAAAAGAAGUCAUUUUCUUUUGAUUUCUCACCAGUCCAGGGCAGGAAAUGAUCUUCUAACUUUUUUUCAUUGCCUUAUUUAACCUCACGGCAGAAGUCUUGCAAGCAGUUCCCAUGUGAAAAUCUUAUUCUCGUCAAUUCCCGAACAAACCCAGCAAAUCUGUUUAGGAUGGACAUUUGAUCCAAUCUAUAGUUGCAUCUGGUCCAGUGACGUCCUGUCCCUUCCAUCUGGCCCCUGUUUGCAUCAGCAUCUGGCAUUAAUUUGGAAGUAAUGAGUCUCCUCUCCUCAUUGGGUCAUUCAUCUAUUCUAACUUCCCUUGCAUCAGCAGGAACUGCACAACUAAGAGCAAAAACAAUCACGAUUCUAAAAGUGGCUUUGAACCUGCCAGAGUGUUUUCCUUUGAGGAACUGUCCGUCGUUCAAAUGCGAAUUAGAUCAAAACAAUUACGAUUAGAAAUAAAAAACCUUUUAUCAAAUGCUCUGGCGGAUAAUGCUGCGUUUACAGGCAUUUCAACAUUUCAAACGUCAGAAUUUCAACAACUCUGACUGGUGAUGAACAGAAGCAAUCAAAGACAGAAGACGCAUUUUCAUAGUUAUCCAACAGUUUAAAAAAAAAAGAAAAAGAAUGUUAAAUAUAGGAUGAACCCAAGGUCCUUUUCUAUCACAAGGGAGACUUAAAAGCAAUAUUUCUCAGUUCCAGUAAAAUGUUUUGGCUCUUCAUCAUUGCCUUGUCUGAUAUGAACUGCUGUGAAAAAUGUCAAAAUUCCUCCAGUUUCAUAACCAUUUCAAUUUCUUUGAGACAUGUGACGCAAGAGCACGAUUUGCAAUGCUUCCAUCGCUAUCGCGUCCCCUGCGACAAAUGGGAUGAGCCCAGUCGCUAUGAAAGCCUUUUGCUUCUGUCGUUUGUCGCUCCCAGUGAGUCGAAAUGCAGAAAUAGGGGAGACACCAGCCAGUUGGUGCUCAGUUCAGUCUGAAUUACCGAUGGGGGGUGGAUUAGUGCCUAUGGAACAUAUUUGUCAGUCUAGGCUUUGAAAAUUUCAGAAAAACAAUGCGUGAUCACAUAGUGCAUCCAUCACAGCAGCAUGGCCCCAUAGUAAUGAAGUCUGGGUCUGACCAGGCCAAAGGCCAGAUUUUUUUUUACUAAUUCCAAAUAUUUUGCACAUUCUGAAGCACAAAAUAAAAUCCAAAAACCAUUUACACAAGAAAACCGCAAAAUGUAAUUUAUUUUUAAUCUAUCAAGGUUAUUUCAUAAAAUGUAUGGAAACUAACCAGAGUUAAAUUAACUCUGGGUCAAAAUUAAGUCUAAUUAUAUCAUUGGCAUGAUAAGCACUUUUGAAAAAAAUGAGGCACAGAUAUGUAUGGAAGAACUUGGUAAGUAACAUUUAUCUUUAAAAAAACAAUUAAGAAAUUAAUUAGUUUAAGCUUAAUCUAAAAGUGAUUAAACUGUUUUACUGUGGCUUAUAUAACUGAUUUCUAUCUCUAAAGUAAUGCCAUGGGUUUUUUGCCAGUAGUAAGAUAGUGUAAAAUGUCCUAUUCUAGCUCAAAUCAUGGUCAUUCCUCUUGUUGAACAGAGAUGUUGUUAUGUUCUGUCUUGUCUUGUGAGUUUCACACCACCCAGCCACCUUAUCCUGAGAGUUCACAGGAACUGAUCAGUCGACAGAAAAAAUAAAUCAUCAUCAGCCUAAAAAUAACAGUUGCACAACUAAUUUUACGGUAUGAUAUCUUCUCGAUGGCUUCUUUGCAUCCUUACAGGUUUCUUUUUAUAAGCUAACUGUGUUAAAGUGAGGCGUGGCACGGCAGUGUGGUGGUUAACACCGUCGCCUCACGGCAAGAGAGUUCCGGGUUUGAUUCAGAAGUGGACGGGGACCUUUUCUGUGUGUGUCCUCUUGUCCUAAGAUAGCCUCAAGUGACCCCACUGGGAAUAAGCUGUAUAGUUAAUGGAUGGAUGGAACAAGUGUGUGGUUGAUAAAACCCCCUCACACACACACACACACACACACAAUGCUAUGUGAUCUGGUUCAUUUUGAGCUGAUUGUCAAGCAAAUGCAGAUAUUUUAUCACUGCGGAUGGAAGCUUCAGCUGUAUACUUUUCAAAUUAGAAGUUGAUAAGACUGUACUCCUGACCUAUUGUUAAAGCCCAGGUGGAGCUUAUGUGCACAGAAAUGUUACAUUUAUUACUGUCUGAAUCUUUUCCAGACAGUACUUGUUCAAUAAACAGCAUUACACUCAUGCAAAAGACAUCCAAAUCCCAUGUAAAACAAGGUCUUUUCAAGAUUUUGUGAGGAAUUGUAAUUUUCUAUCACCUAAACAUAAGACACAUAGGAUAAAUAAACCCCAAAAUUACCCAUUUUCAUUCCUGCAGUAAAGCUGUUGUCAGUCAUAAAACAUUGGCCUUAUUCAGACCUGAUUUCCAAUGUGAGCUUCCCUAUGAUGCCAGACAUAGACAAGCAUAUUUUGGACAAGCAAAGUUCCUAAAAAACAACCUGUGCCACGCUUUUCCUCAGACCCCUUUUCCUUGGCACACUAUAAAUGCAUACUAUCACUUUUCACACAAAACGUAAAGUGUGUCUUUACUUGUAGAUAUCCUCCAGUUGAAUAGAUUCCAAUAAUUUUGUCAGUCAUUAUAAGCUAAAAAAAAUAUUUUCCUUUGCUCAUGAAUUAGUUUACACAGUCACUUCCAGCAUAUAAGGGCAUCACAGUAUAUGUGGACCUGUGUAUUUUUAUUGUGAAAACUUCCUGUUUAUCAGUUAAAAGGAAUUUCUAUUUAUAUAUACUAUAUAUAUAGUAACAUACACACGUAUAUACAUCAUAUAUACAUAUACAAGUACAUAUGUAUUGUAUAUCUAUAUUUCUGAAAAAGUUCCUAUGUAAUUUAAUACUGUAUGCAUAUAUCAAUGUAUACUGUACUAUCAGUUGGAGGGAGUGCAGUGGCUUUUUCGUGUUUUGAGCAUGUUUGCACAGACUUGUACCUUUACAGACCUGGUGAAAAUUAAACAUGAAUAUUAAUAAA